CCAUUUGGGAGCUUGCAGUUCAAAGUCAGCAUGGAUCAUACAGGUGGACACCUUGCUGUGGCUCUGCUUCUGCUUGUUCUGGUCUCAUUCUCCACAGAAAACAACAUUAUCAAAUGGUGUACAGUGUCCGAUGCUGAAGAGCAGAAGUGUUUGGAUUUAGCCGAGAAUGCCACAGCCAGGAAUAUUCGCGGACAACUAUUGUGUGUGAGGGGCCAAAGUCCGACAGAAUGUAUGAAGCAAAUUAAGAACGGCACAGCAGAUGCCUCCACUAUGUAUGCUGAUGAGAUCUAUACAGCUGGAUUUUGCUAUGGUUUAGAUGUGGCUGUAGGAGAGUCUUAUAAUGGUGUGGAUGGCAUUAAUUACUACGUGGUUGCCCUGGCACGGACAUCAUCCAGCGAUCUGUCACUGUUGGAGAUGCAUGAGCGCAGCUCCUGUCACCCUGGGAUGAGGACAACAGUGGGCUGGACUGUUCCCAUCGGCUACCUGGUCAACACAUCACAGAUCAGUGUGAAUGAACAGUGUAACUUUCCCCAUGCGGUGGGGGAUUUCUUUGGCUACAGUUGUGUCCCUGGAGUAAAGGACUCAGAACACGAUCCCAAGGGAAACAACCCGAGGAACCUGUGUGAGGCCUGCAUUGGGGACGACAACGACCACCACAUCUGUGCCAACAACCCCCGGGAAAGGCACUUUGGGGAGGCUGGAGCUCUCAGAUGUGUUGCAGAGAAUCUCGGUGAUGUUGCUUUUGUGAAGCACACUACAAUCUUUGACAACAUGCAGGGUAAGAACCAGGAGUCAUGGGCUCUGGACCUGGAACUGGAGGACUUGAAGCUCUUGUGUCCUGAUGGGAGCGAAACCGACCUGUUCCAGCAUGAGCGCUGCCACCUGGCUGUGGUGCCAACCAAUGCUGUGGUAGUGCGCUUGGAGGACAAAUGUCGCGUUUACAAGUUCUUGGAACGUGUGCAGAAUGCAUUUGCCAAUGCCACAGAAGGAUUCUCUUUGUUCAGCUCUGUGGGUUAUGGACAACCUGAUGUGCUUUUUAGCGAUUCCACCAAAAAGCUGCUGCGUGUAAUGGGAACCUACACCUCCUGGUUGGGGCCCAGUUACACCACCAUACUGAAGGCUUUUGAGUGUGAAGGGUUGUGUUAAUUUGAUGACGA